CAAAAGCAAAGGCAGUAGCCCAACAAAAUACGAAAACAACAAAAGCUCAAUUUGAGUUCACUAUUGCACCGCUUAAGAAGAAGAUUGAGUCAAAAAAGUCCACUCAAAGACACGUAUCAGUAACACGUGUAACAUGAGCAAUUGAAAGGUUUCCAUCGUCAUCCUUCGCCAUCGGAGCCACCGAUUCUUCCGAUGAAUGAAGCUAUCGCCGAGAUGAAAUCAAGGAUAGAUAGAUUCUUCUGUUUUUCAUCAGUAAGAGCAAAACAGCAUAAGGAUAAAAUACAGAAUCAGUUAAACUCUACCGUUUGCCAAACGGGUUAGAGAAAGAGAAAUCUGAUUAAUCCAAACUGUUGCCUUAACCAAUCGAAACUCUGAAACAACUUGUCGUAAACAAGGGACAGCUAAAAGGCAUUUGUAAUAAGCUGAUGAAAUUGCUUUGUAUCUUCAUCUGAAAUUGCAGAUCGCUUAGAUUGUUCCCGUACACCACAUACCACCACCAACACAGAUCGGAAUAUCUGAAAGCUAAAAACAUUCAACGGCACAUAAGUCACUGUGAUAGAAACUAGCCAUCAUCGCUAGAAAAGCCGGAGUAAAAAAAACAAAACUAGCCAUCAUCGCUAGAAAAGCCGAUCGAUGCUAGACAACAGCCGAUCAACCACCGCUUUCGUAGCCGGUAAAUAUUGGAUCGGACGGCGAAAUCGGACAUCUCUGCUAAAAGAACCAGAGAUUCCGGGCAAGUAACCGACCAACCACUGCAUAAGAGGCCAGUGGAUGUCGGGCUGAAACCGGUUACAACUAACCGGACGGCUUUGUCGGAGAAUUCCGGACGGCAGAGUAAGGAUCUGAAAUCACCUCCCUCUCUCUAAAAGAUAUCAAGGUGAGAAGAGAGAGAGCUAGAGGAUAUAUUCUUAAAGGCAAAUAAAUAUGAUAAUGGCGUGACACCUUUCUUCUUCUUCUUCUUCUUCUUCUUCUUAUCAAUCUCAUCUUCUUCAACUCACUUUCAAUUUCUUGCAAUUCACUCCAGCUUCUUCUUCUCUCUUUCUCGAUUUCGUCAUCUUCUUCUACGUAUCUAGAUUCUAGAUUUCGUUUCUCACGUUUCCUGCACUCCCCAAAAAAACAAUGGGAACUUGCUUCUCCAGCUCCACUAAAUCCACGGCUGAGAUCUCACCCUUCGACCUCGUCGUCAAACCUCCUCCUUCAGACGGCGCAUCCGUCGUUUCAGCCCCGAGAAUCCCCAUCGCCACGAAAACUGAAACGGCGGCGACGGUGAGCUUCGCCGCUACUGUGAGACUGUACGGACCUCCAAACAGUCUGGUGACAUCGUAUCUCCGAUUCGCUCUCCUUCACAAGAAAGUCCCGCUCCGUUUCGUUCCGUCUGAAGACCAAAAGCCGACGAUUCAAGUCGGAUCGGAGACGGUGUCAGGAUCUCAGGAGGUUCUCCUCCGUUACAUCGAGGACAAGUUCCCGGAGCCGCGUCUGAUGAUUUGGAAGUUUAACCUCGAAGGUUUCGACGAAGACACUCCGUUGAUAGUGAGAGCGAUUUGGCUACAGCACAGGAGCAUGCUUUGGCAUAUCGAGAGGAUGUUGAGAUGGUCGGAGGAUCUGGCGGCGCGUGGUGGUAAAAGAGCUGUGGAUCCGUCCGUUGGUACGCCGAAGAUGGAGAUUAGGAAAUUCGCAAAGAGCUAUACUCAUUUACAAGAGCUUAUGGUUGAACAUGCUCAGAUGGAAGAGAGAAUCUUGUUCCCUGUUCUCGAAUCUGUAGAUCGAGGGAUGUGUAAAAGUGCGAAUGAGGAACAUGGGAGAGAGUUACCGAAGGUGAAUGGGAUCAAAGAAGAUAUCAAAUCAAUUGGAGUUUUGGAUUCUGGGAUUUGUUCAGAAGCUCUUAUUAGUCUUGCUUCUCGUUUCAAAUCAUUGCAGAUGAUGUGUAAAGCACAUUUUGAAGAGGAAGAGAAAGAUUUGUUGCCAAUGGUGGAAGCUGCAGAAAUGGGGAAAGAGAAGCAUAAGAAACUGAUGAAUCAAGGAUUGGAAGUUAUGAGAGGAACUCAUUCUGAUUCCUUUGAUUUCUUACUUGAGGGUCUUACUCCUCAAGAAGCUAUGCAGUAUCUUGACUUGCUCAUGAAAUUUGGUGAUCCAAGUCUCAUCUCGUCUUUUCUUUGCUCUGACAUUCUUGACUGAUUUAUCUUUUCUAGGCUCAACUUUGUGAAAAAACAAUAACUGUUGUUGUGUGUCGGGUUGUUGUGAAUUUGUGUAUAUAUAGAGAGUCAGAUUGUCGAUCAGGUGUUGCUAUGUUUUUCUCCUACUUUUAGAUUUAAUUUAAAAACAAAACGAAUUAUGUAACU